CGCAAACGCAACUAGAACGAUGCCCCUCUCAUAAUACAUAUCACUUACACGAGCUAGCACUUGCCGAUUUACAACGCAAUUUUUGACAAUUUUGACAUUCAUCGACUACGCUCCAAGUUCGCGGACAAGUUCCUUCAUCCUCGGACGCACCGGCAAGACGAUUAAGAAGAAUAAGGUAAGUCUGGGGGUUUAUGCGUUAGCAGCCGGCGAAGCAAGCCCUCGCGCGGACCUCAGGGUCCGAUUCGUGGACCGCGCGAAGUGUAGUUUGGGUUAGCUGGUCAGGGUCUCUUGCGAGCUUACCUGGUUAUUAAAAUGGAUUGCUAGCCAGAAAGGGGCGAAGGGCAGGGCCUUGCUUCACAGACCGCCAUUGGGGGAGCUGCGAAGCGUUGACCAAUCUCCUUGCGUGAGCCGGGCCCUUUCCUGAGUCUGUAGGAAUGAAGCCGAAGAGCAGAAUUUGCCCGGCUAUGCCUUAGACCAACGCUGCAGAUCCGCCCCCCCUUCCAGCCUAAGGGUCCUUUAUCCAACCUCGACGCCGCCUUCGCCGAAGACCGCAGCUCGCAAGAGGCCCACUAGCGGUGGGCCUAAGUAUGCUGGCUAGCAGAGACGGGGUAGAAGCGAGAGCGCUGAGGCUUCAGCGCUGCAGGGCACCGAAGCAACCUAGUCGGGGUAAGGGCCCAAGCAUGCAGAAUGGGACACCCCUCGCGGCGCCACCUAGCUACCUAGUGGAUAACGAGUAGGAUGCUACCGUGUACAGAGUCGACCCCCUCUUGCCUUUAGCGUGCCCGGAGGCUGCCUCCGGGACUGCCACGCUGCCUGCCGCUACCUAUUAGCGUGCCCGGAGGCUGCCUCCGGGACUGCCACGCUGCCUGCCACUACCUAUUAGCAUGCCCGGAGGCUGCCUCCGGGACUGCCACGCUGCCUGCCACUACCUAUUAGCGUGCCCAGAGGCUGCCUCCGGGACUGCCACGCUGCCUGCCACUACCUAUUAGCGUGCCCGGAGGCUGCCUCCGGGACUGCCACGCUGCCUGCCACUACCUAUUAGCGUGCCCAGAGGCUGCCUCCGGGACUGCCACGCUGCCUGCCACUACCUAUUAGCGUGCCCGGAGGCUGCCUCCGGGACUGCCACGCUGCCUGCCACUACCUAUUAGCAUGCCCAGAGGCUGCCUCCGGGACUGCCACGCUGCCUGCCACUACCUAUUAGCGUGCCCGGAGGCUGCCUCCGGGACUGCCACGCUGCCUGCCACUACCUAUUAGCGUGCCCGGAGGCUGCCUCCGGGACUGCCACGCUGCCUGCCACUACCUAUUAGCGUGCCCGAAGUCGGCAUCUGUACCGCUGCGCCACCUGCCAUUGCCCAUAGCGUGCCCGGAGGCUGCCUCCGGACCUCAACGCCGCCUGAGGCUGCCUCGUGUGCACGGAGGCUGCCUUGCAUGCCUGGAUGCUGCCCCUGCACUGCCAUGUCCUGCCACUGCCUUGCGCGCCUAGAGUCGCCCUCCGCAUCCCUACGCCGCCUGCCAUUGCUUUUGUGCGGCUCGAGUCGCCCUCCUCACCCCCACGCCGCCUGCCAACGCCUAUGAUGAGCCCGGAGGCUGCCUCCUGGACUGCUAUGCCGCCUGCCGUUGCCUUGUGUGCCCGGAGGCUGCCUCCGGGACCGCCGCGCCGCCUGCUGCAGUCUUGCGCGCCUAGAGUCGGCCUCCGCACCUCCACGCUGCCUGCCAUUGCCUAUACCGUGCCCAGAGUCUGCCUCCGCACCUCCACGCUGCCUGCCAUUGCCUAUACCGUGCCCAGAGUCGGCCUCCGCACCUCCACGCUGCCUGCCAUUGCCUAUAGUGAGCCCGGAGGCUGCCUCCACACCUCCACGCUGCCUGCCAUUGCCUAUAGUGAGCCCGGAGGCUGCCUCCAGGACCGCCACGCCGCCCCAUCCGCAUCGCCUGCUGUAGAUAAUGACGCGGGCCAUGAGCGCCCAGAGGGCAUCGGAUGCCCAGCUACCCCCCUCCCCCGGAGCUCGCCGUGCUGCCCCGCUGAAGCAACCACGCCAGCCACCACCGCCACCUUACCGCCCCAGCCAGUCAGCGCCCUGCAGCGGGCACCACCACAGCCCGCCACGCACCACCCACGUGACUUGGGAAGAGCCGACCUUCGCCGACUAACCGCCGCCACGGGCUUGCCUACUCACAGCACCACCCGCACCCUUCCUGCCGCCGCGCACCAAGCCGCCCAGCCCACCUACCCCUUCAGCCGCUACGCAGCAGAGGGCCCCCACGCAGUCAGAAGCGCCGCCAGCACCAUACCCUCGCCUCGUCAAAUCCCAGGGUCCCCUCCCCCUUCCUUAACAGCCUAUAUGCGCGCUACCCCAGCCAGGCAGCCGAGCCAGACUGCCACCCACACAUCACAACUGAGCAUCUCCGCUUCGGCACCGUGCUCCGCACGACGUCGACGCCACUGGUUACCACCGGGAGCCGACAUCCCAUUCCCGAGCCUACGCCAGCUUACGGCCCCGUUGCGAUUGCCCCACGAGGUCUGGGGCAGCACGCAACUGCGCGCACAUGUCCGCGGCAAAUAGCAGAAAGGCAGGCAGCGAUGCGCAACAUGCAUGCCCCUCCGCCGCCUGUUAAAGUGCAGCUGGCGGGGGGUGUAGGGUGGCCAGGAGAGAAUGCAACCCGCACCGCCAUCUCCUGCACCGCUCCCGCCUGGCGUGCCGCCACCUUCGCCAGAGCCGCCCAGCCCCGCACCCCCAUCUCCUGCACCGUUCCCGCCUGGCGUGCCGCCUCCCUCGCCUGCUCCUCCUAGCCCCGCACCGCCAUCGCCUGCACCACUCCCGCCUGGCGUGCCGCCACCUUCGCCAGAGCCGCCCAGCCCCGCACCGCCAUCGCCUGCACCACUCCCGCCUGGCGUGCCGCCACCUUCGCCAGAGCCGCCCAGCCCCGCACCGCCAUCGCCUGCACCACUCCCGCCUGGCGUGCCGCCACCUUCGCCAGAGCCGCCCAGCCCCGCACCGCCAUCUCCUAAACCGCUCCCGCCGGGCGUGCCGCCACCCUCGCCGAAGCCGCCCAGCCCCGCACCGCCAUCUCCUUCACCACUCCCGCCUGGCGUGCCGCCUCCUUCGCCGGAGCCGCCCAGCCCCGUAGGGAAUGGCGGCCUUGCGGAUAGCGUAGGCGGCAGGCAGGCCGUUGUGGAUGCGAGUAGCUGUUAGCCAGCGGUGGGAUAGCUGCGACAGGAGCACGAACGUUACACAGCCUAUAGUGCAGGUACCCGAUAGCGCAGGUAGACGAUAGCGCAGGUAGACGAUAACGCAUGUAGCCGCUAAUGCUUGGUUAGUGGUAGCGCUAAGCGUCCGCUAGACGUGUUCGCUAGCAUGUAGCCGUGAGUCAAGGUAGUCGAGGCAGAUGGGCAAUCACGGGCCAGUAGGUGCCAACAACGGCGGGCGACAUACUGGCUAUGCAAGGGGGCUCCCACUGAGCGAAAGGCUUAGCGGGAUAGGCUGGUAUUGGGUGGCUGGGUACCCGGCUCGUACGGUAGAGGCGCCUUCAGGCUUGUGUCCCCCCGCAUCACUUGACGGCUGACGGUCUGUGUCAGGCGGCAUCACCCGUUGUAGGAGGCUAUGUUCGAGGCCAGUCGCAGCGAACUUAGGUCGAGGCAGGAGUAACCAGUGGCGAAGAAGCCGAACCGCCCCUCAACCCGCAUGACACGGAUUGGCCACAGGAGCCGAAUGGCUGGGAUUCCUUUAAGCUUGAGGAC